CCUUGUAUGAGUGCUCGUAAUUGGACAGUGCUGGUACCGGGGUCGAGAGAACUGAGAAGCAGACCUCGGUCACAUUGUAGGCUGUCACUAUCCCCCCGUGAAGUCGUUUUACCAUGCUUCUAUUUGUCCUGUUUUUACCACUGGUUGUCGGCGACUCAUAUCAACUUCCCACGCCAUACCUGACCCUGAACGAUAAUAACGUGACGGAAGGACAACCAAUCGCUCUCAGGUGUUCAAUUUACUCCCCGGAACCCCAGCCGGUCACGUGGUACUGGAGAUGUGGCGACAGUAACAUGACUGGGAAUGCGUCCGUCGGCCUCCACGACACCGUCCUGACCUUCCCUUCCGACCGGAAGUACAAUGGAGUGGUGUGUUACUGUAAAGUCAGGCCGAGCGCCGCCAACGACUCCUACAGCAAGAUGUCCAAUCACCUGACCAUCAACGUCAGGUAUACUCCGCGCUCUAUCCCUUUUCUAAACGCCUCAAACACAGCGGUUGUAGCGGGGGAGGAGAUCACCUUGCAGUGUACCCUGGAUACCCUGGGGAAUCCCCCGGUCACGUGGACCUGGAAGUGUGGGCGGUACGCCGUAUACAACCAAAGGACCGUCAACGUUAACGCCACGUCCAAACUGAUCCUGAAAGGGGAACCGGAUCUCAACAACAAGGUGUGUCACUGCGUAGCCCGGAACUACUUUCUUCACUACGAGGCGGCGUCCAACGCAGUUUCACUCAGUGUGUACUAUUUCCCUGACGAAAGGCCCCGGAUAGACAAUACACUUAUAACCGUGGAUCAGAACACCCCAGUGACAAUUCGGUGUUAUUUGUCCACGCGGGGAAACCCCCCGGUAGCUUGGCUGUGGUACUGUGACGACAAACUCCAGUCAAAGGGAGUCGGGAGCACUGGAACCAUGUCGACUCUCAUGGUCAUCGCAAAACUCAAGGACCACAACGCGGCGUGCCACUGUAGGGCGAAAAGCGAUUCCCAGUGGGGCAGCUAUGACAAAAACUCCUCAAAGGCAAUCAUCAAUAUAAAAAACCUCGAUCUAAUUACCACGAAAAGUUCUGCAAUCACCGCUGAUGUGUUUGGUGCCGUGACCGGGAUUGUGGUUCUUCUAAUCAUAAUGGCUGGAAUUGUUGUUGUUUUUCAUCACAGAAAAAUUACAGAUAUGAGUAAUCAGUUUUUGACAACUCGGAGAGACAAUGAUAUGAGCUCAAGCGUUGGGCAAGACAAUCUUAACUACAGAACCUUAAAGGAAGAGCAAGCCCAUCCCACAGAAUGAUUUCAUAAAUCUAUAUUAAGGUUUAUACAGACUGAGAUAUAUGAGCAAUGAAGACUGCAGAGAAAUAACACUCGUUUUAGAAGACGUCUUUAUUCAACAUGUAUCCGGGCACGCCUACGUUUUAAUCACCAAUUACUCCUUGAUAAAUGUUUAAACGGUUUACAAAAUGUGUUAUAAUAAGAUAUCAGCAUCUAUAAUAAAAUUAUGUCGUAAA